GUUUCCGUGUCCCCACCGCUACCUCGGGGCUGGCCUCCGAGUGCAACGUGACCAACCGCGGCGGCGGCGGCGGAGAACGACGGCGGGGUCACCGCUCCAGCCCGGCAUAGAGGGGCUCCCAACGCCGGGGCGAGGGGGGGUUGCGCCGACGUCACUUCCGGCGCGCCCGCCCGCCCGCGAAGCCGCUCCGGGCCCGGGGUCGCGCCGCGGGCGUGCGCCUGGCUCCCGGGGACGCGCGGUGCUGGGGGCGCGCCUGGAGGGCGGGCUCGGGAAGGGGGAGUGUCUGCGCGCCGCCGCCGCCGCCGCCGCCGCGGUCCCCGUCGCUCGCCCGCCGCAUCUCCCUCCCCGCGACACCCGGCUGCUCCGCGCACCCGGACGCCGGGCUCCAGGAGCGGUGGGAGCCGAGCGAAAGCGGGAAGUCGCUGCAGACUGCGGGGCGGCGGGGCGGCCCCGGUCCCCUCCCCUCCGUCACCCCGGCUCGCCGACUCCCUCCCGGGUCAUGGGGAACACUGCGAUCGCCAAGAAAGGCAGCGAGGUGGAGAGCGCUUCCUCUUCUUCAGACAUAUCUGUGAAAGAAUUUCUAGCCAAAGCCAAAGAAGACUUUCUGAGGAAAUGGGAGAACCCUCCCCCGAGUAAUGCUGGGCUUGAAGAUUUUGAAAGGAAAAAAACCCUUGGAACGGGUUCUUUUGGGAGAGUCAUGCUGGUGAAGCAUAAAGCCACUGAACAGUACUAUGCCAUGAAGAUCUUAGACAAGCAGAAGGUGGUUAAGUUGAAGCAAAUAGAGCACACUUUGAAUGAGAAAAGGAUACUACAGGCUGUGGAGUUUCCGUUUCUUGUCCGCCUGGAGUAUUCUUUUAAGGAUAAUUCUAAUUUAUACAUGGUUAUGGAAUAUGUUCCUGGGGGUGAAAUGUUUUCUCAUCUAAGAAGAAUUGGAAGGUUCAGUGAACCCCAUGCCCGCUUCUACGCAGCUCAGAUCGUGCUAACGUUUGAGUACCUCCACUCCCUGGACCUCAUCUACAGAGAUCUCAAGCCUGAGAACCUCUUAAUUGACCACCAGGGUUACAUCCAGGUCACAGACUUCGGGUUCGCCAAAAGAGUGAAGGGCAGAACUUGGACACUGUGUGGCACCCCAGAGUACCUGGCCCCAGAGAUCAUCCUCAGCAAGGGCUAUAAUAAGGCGGUGGACUGGUGGGCACUGGGAGUGCUGAUCUAUGAGAUGGCCGCUGGCUAUCCCCCAUUCUUCGCAGACCAACCAAUCCAGAUUUACGAGAAGAUCGUUUCUGGAAAGGUCCGAUUCCCGUCCCACUUCAGCUCCGACCUCAAGGACCUUCUCCGGAACCUGCUGCAGGUGGACCUGACAAAGCGAUUCGGCAACCUGAAGAACGGCGUGAGUGACAUAAAGAGCCACAAGUGGUUUGCCACGACUGACUGGAUUGCUAUUUACCAGAGAAAGGUUGAGGCUCCAUUCAUACCAAAGUUCAGAGGCUCUGGAGAUACCAGCAACUUCGAUGACUAUGAAGAAGAAGAAAUCCGUGUGUCUAUAACAGAAAAAUGUGGAAAAGAGUUUUGUGAAUUUUAGGGAGGGAAAAGAUGGCCUCGAGCUCACACUAGUCUUUGCACGCUGUGGAGGUGGAAGGUGGAGCCGAGCCCUGCUUGUUGAAGCAGUUACCAAGUUCCUUCAUUCCAGCAACUGAGUGAGGUCCUAAUGCAUCAUCAGUGUGCACUCUGCAGCCCGCUGUGUACCAAGGCACCGCUCCGCUCGCAUUGUCCGUGCCAUAGCACAGUGUGCACAGUGCCCUGCUGUUUGGGUCGUUUUCUCCACCCUCCUCCAUCCUUGUCAUUACCCUCUCUGACCGGUACUCCACUUUAUUUUCUCCGUGCCCAGGUGGCAGUGUUAUGGCUGUGUGAUAAUCAAAGGAAAGCUACGUGUUGCUUUUUGUAGUUUUGAGUGACAUUUUUGCUGACCAGUGGCUUGAAGAUAAACUCUCUAACGAUCUUUUUAUUAUUAUUAUUAUUAUUAUUAUUUUGAGUAGCUCAGACUCAGUUUUGCCAAAACUCUUACAAUUUUUGAAGAUGGAAUGUCUCACCACCAAGGGAAUAUGCGUAAGUGAAGAUAGUAACUUUUCAGGAGUCAGUGGUGUGGCAGUAAAUUCAGCGUGGCUAGCCUAGCAGUUUGGAUCCCUGGGCCAGAGGCUUCAUUUCCUUUGCCUUUUAAUAGUCUUCUCUCUGUGAGAAAUUAAGUGACCAGGCAGAUGCUUCAUUUGUCAGGGGAAGUGAGGGAUGUGGCUCCUUGCCCGGCCAUCUCCCUGGUACCAGCAUCUGUGGGCUAGAAGAGCGUUCAAAGGUUUCUAAACCUUCACUCUUCCAUGAGGGUUUUAGCCAGUAUUUUAGGAGCGCAUGACUGCUAAAGUGACACCUUGUGAGAUUUCUCAGAUAGUCCUCAUCGGCAGUUUCUUAUGGGAAACGUGCAAACUAAAGGAAACACGGAUUUGGAUAAAUACUAAGUCAAGGAAAGCCUUGAUCCCUGCUUACAGGGAUCCCUUUCAGGGAAGUAGUCUGUUUGCUUCGAUUCGUAACAGGUAAGAACGAGAAGUUGCUGUUGCUUACUGUUGUGACUUACUAAGAUGAGGGCACUGUCACAACUUCAACUUUAUCCCCUGCAGAGGGGCAGGAGGCAAAGCUUAAGAAACUGCCACAUUUGUAUUUUAAUUUCGAGGUGUGAUAUCUUUAGAUACAUCAGCAUUUCUAACCUCUUUUUCUUUGUGGACAGAGUAUAUGAUCAUGCAGAUACAGUUAUAAUAUUUGCGUUUCCUUAAUUUUUUUUAUACUUUUUGCCAAUUGACUUCACAAUGUUGCCAUCUUGGGGGAUUUCAAGCACUCUUGCACAUUGAGCUCAGUGUUCCUUUGUGAAUAAAUGGCUUAACUUUUUUUUACUAUGUUUUUCAUUGCUUUUAAUUUUUCCAUCUCAUUUUCUCUCUGUAUCAGUGACCUACCUUAAAUGAUCAACUCACCCAAAUGGUUUAAAAUGUUCCAUUUCGUGAGCAACCUACAAGCAUAUAAGGUUGUCUUAAGUCAAAUAAGCCCUAAUGCGUGUGUAUAGAUAUAAAUAUAUAUAUAUAUAAAACCUCGAUCUGCUUCCUUACUGGUGCAGGUAGGUCAUUGCCACCAGUCCUGUUCAUAUGAACCCACCCUCACUAACCCUUAAAGACACUGAGAAGUCCUACCUGAGACCUUCUCUCCACCUAUCUGCAUGUCUUUUGGUUGUCAAGGGUUUCUGCAUGGUAAUGUCCCACAACGACAAAUAAUGAUUUCAGUUGGUCCGCCUGUAUUUAAAAUGUGCAAGAAAAAUUGAAAUACUCUGCUGUAGCAAGUUUUAUGUAACAAAGAUAUAUCAUCGUGUUAAUAACUUAAAAGCAUCAUUGUACAAAGUAGUUUUUUUUUGUAUUUCAUUUAAACCCAAGAACAUGCUAAUCAUUGUGUUUUAUGUAUGCUACAAAUUCUCUGGUAGCAUUGUUGUAUAUUAUUGUAAAAUUAUUUCAAUAAAUCAUGGGGAUGACAAUUUGACUAUUAUACUUUAGUUUUCAAAAUUGAACAGAUUUCUAUGAAUCCUAAAAAUAUUUUUUUCUAUGAAAUCAUUAGUCCCCAGCUAGAGUCUGCCCAGGUAGAUGCCCCUAGACAUACAUUGGUUUCUGUGGCUUCCCAGCCAUUCCAUUCCACUGUCUGUUUGAAGUAGAUGAGCAAACUGUCAGAUAUAUCAAAGGGGUCUGACUAAUCAAGUACACCAAACCAGAAUAUUCUUAACAUACCGAAAGUUUCCAUUUUUAGCCACAGUGUAGCCAAAAGGAUUUUUCUUAAAACUUGAAACAAUAAGUCAGUGGCAAAAAAAGUAUUUUACUCCAAUUAUAUUACACAAAACAGAAGAAAUGAUGUUUUUGUCCAGAAAAAAUAGAAAUACCGUGGUACAGGAAGGAGCCUGGAUCGACAGUGAAACUUACUGGAGUGAUGUCCGUUGCAGACAGCAGAAGAGCUGGAUGGGCACUUUCUGGGGUCCCUUCUAGUUCCCCAUGUUAGGUCAGGGUCCCCUCUUUAUCUGAUACUCUUCAGGGACACCAUACUCUGAAGUAAGUUUCUGUACAGUGGUUCAUUUCUGUGCAACCCUCCUCACCUCUUACAAAUCCCUGAAAAUCCUUUGACUAUCAUCCGUACUGCCCCACUGAUGCUAAAUAUACACUUGAUAUCAAACCGUCAGCCUACCAAAUGGAUACCGUGGCUUAUGGGUAUUGCUGUCUUGUUCUUGGUAUGUUCCUGGACUGAUUGCCCCUCAGUCUGAAAAAAAUGCUCAUUGUAAGCCUAAACUAGAUGAUUGUUCUUUCUCACUGACUGUUUUUUCUUUCCUCCUGCUUGUUGUAAGAAUCCAAUGAAAUAAUGUGUGUAAAGGCACCUUGUAAACUGUAAGCUUUUGGUGUAAGAUGUAAGGUGUGCAGUUAUUUCAUUAAUUCUUCGUUUAGAGUGUAAUUUCCUAUGCACUACUAUAGCUAGGAAAUGCUGAAAAUGUGUUUUUUAAUUCAUCAAUAACCGCAAAUUAAAGUAUCUUUAAAGGAUAAAA